AUGGAAGGCUCCAAUGGCUUUGGGAUCGACUCCAUUCUCUCCCACCGAGCGGGCAGCCCCGCCCUUCCCAAGGGGGACCCCUUGCUCGGGGACUGCCGCUCGCCCCUGGAGCUGAGUCCACGCUCGGAGAGCGGCUGCUCUUCACCAGCCUCGCCAGGAAGGGACUGUCUGGAGACGGGCGCCCCGCGGCCUGGCGGGGCUUCGGGCCCAGGUUUGGACUCCCACCUGCAGCCUGGGCAGCUCUCAGCCCCAGCCCAGUCUCGCACCGUGAGCUCCUCCUUUCUGAUCAGGGACAUCCUUGCUGACUGCAAACCACUCGCGGCCUGUGCACCCUACUCUAGCAGCGGGCAGCCAGCCGCUCCUGAGCCUGGGGGCCGUCUUGCGGCCAAGGCUGGGGAGGACUUUAGAGAAAAGCUGGACAAAAGUAGCAGCAAUGCCUCAUCGGACUCUGAGUAUAAAGUGAAGGAGGAGGGCGACCGGGAGAUCUCCAGCUCGAGGGACAGUCCCCCGGUGCGCCUGAAAAAGCCACGCAAGGCACGCACGGCCUUCACCGACCAUCAGCUGGCGCAGCUGGAGCGCAGCUUUGAGCGGCAGAAAUACCUGAGCGUGCAGGACCGCAUGGAGCUCGCAGCCUCGCUCAACCUCACCGACACGCAGGUCAAGACCUGGUACCAGAACCGCAGGACUAAAUGGAAGCGACAGACGGCCGUCGGGUUGGAGCUGCUGGCGGAGGCAGGCAAUUACUCAGCGCUCCAGCGGAUGUUCCCGUCGCCUUAUUUCUACCCGCAGAGUCUAGUUUCCAACCUGGAUCCCGGCGCCGCGCUGUAUCUGUACCGCGGGCCCAGCGCGCCGCCGCCCGCCCUGCAGAGACCUCUGGUGCCCCGCAUCCUCAUCCACGGACUCCAGGGCGCCAGCGAGCCGCCCCCGCCGCUGCCCCCGCUGGCCGGCGUCCUCCCGCGGGCCGCGCAGCCUCGGUGA